AGCCUGAUCGUAUCAGGUUGGUGGGAGGAGCCAAUCACUGUGAAGGUAUACUGGAGUUGAAACAUGUGGGGGACUGGAAACCAGUUUUUAUCCGUCAUUGGAACCUGAAGGCAGCAGCUGUUGUUUGUGAACAUCUGGGCUGUGGAUCUGCUGUUUCUGCCCAAUCUGAAGACUCUACAGAAAAAAAUGUGUGGUUAAUCAGACCUAACUGUGUCAAACCUGGAUCCGCCUUGUGGGAAUGUGCAAAAUCAGGUUAUUCAUCCAAUGUCCUGAAAGUAACCUGCUCAGGACUCCAGGCUGAAGAAAAACACAAUGCUACAGAGCCCGAUGAUGUCAGGUUGGUGGGAGGAGCUAAUCUCUGUGCAGAUCUCACCUGUUCAGAGUCUGUCAGGGUGGUGGGAGGAGUCAGUCCCUGUGCAGGUAUACUGGAAGUGAAACUGGGAGAUUGGAAACCAGUCUUUGUCCCCAACUGGAACCUGAAGCAGGCAGCUGUUAUCU